AUGGACUACUUCAAAGGUCUUCUCGGCCCAAAGCCUUCCCAGGCGCCCGUGGCUGCUGAUGAUGCAGAUUUCGCAGACUUUGCAGCUGCUCCUGCGCCCUCGCCAGCCUCCAUCCCUGUCUCCCCCGCCGAUGCGCAAGCUGCUACUGCAACUGGAGCUGCUGUUGAAGGUCGUCCGGUGGUCUACACGAAAUGGUACCGCGUGUGGGAACGGACACAGCUGUCCGACUUCACGAUGGAGGGAAUCCUGAUCCCGUUCAUACUUCUCGCGCUCCUGGUUCAUUUCUGGGGAACGAGGACAAACCGGCGCAAAGCGAAGAAGUGGAUGGGUGUCCAUGCUCCUCUUUUGGAGCGAGAGUUUGCGGUCGUUGGAUACGGCGCGAUCCCAAACACCGAAUCCACUACAGACGGCGGAGUGUCUCCUGGAGAUGCGAGCUUUUUCAAGGAGGCCGUCAAGAACAAGGGCGAUAACAUCUCGGAAGAUCUGUUGAAAGAGAAGACUGCCUGGGAGUAUGAGUCGUAUGCGACGGGACGUCAAAACGUCGCAUUCAUGGAUAUCCAGAUCUACUUGAAGAGACGGAUGAAUCCGAUGAUAAUGCUCGCUGAGGAAGUCACUGGAAUGUUUAUCGAUUCGGUCAAGCCCAAACCCGAAAGGAUAGAAGCCGUCAUCUACACCUUUGAUGGGAAGGAGAAGGAAUUCGUCCCACCGGCCGUCCCAGGAUCUGAAGAAGUGGGCAAGGCAAAAUCCGUGGGAAACUCGACCUACGAUCCGUUCGUCUUUGCCGUGGUGAACAAGCUGGCGAUGCGCAAACUCCGCGAGGAACGUUACGAUAUCUCUCUCACAUUCACCAAGGACCACGCCAAACUCCCCGAAUGGGCUACAUGUAUGAGCGAGUCUGCAGAAAUCAGUGACUGGAUGCUCACCAAAGAGCUUGUCGAUGCAAUCAAGGAAGCUGGGCCCGACCACUUCCAGUACCUCGUCGUCACGGAUCAACCUCACGACAAACCCACCAACUUGAAUGAGACGGUUCCGAAGAAGCGGCUUCAAAUUUCACUCCGUCUUCCUUCUGACGGCAACUACCUCCCUACCCUGCCUGUCUUUGCUGCUUUCCUUCGCCUGCCUGACUUCCUCGUCUCGCAGUCCCGCCUCCGACCCGAAGUCCUCAGAAAGAUCAAUUCGAUUCGCGAGCAGGAAAAGAGCAAGCUAAAGAAGAUUUCGGACAAGGAGGCGGAAGAGGAGAGAUUGAGACAAUUGGACAAGAUGAAGAAGGAAGAAAGAGAACGAAAGAUGAAGGGCAUGAGCGCCGAGGAGCAGAGGAAGUUUUUGGAACGGGAGAACGAGAAGUCGCGGAAGAAGCAGGAGAAGAAGAUGACGAGGAGAGGUUGA